AUGCUUAGACGAGUAGCCCGCUGCACUAUGGGCGGUGGCCAUUUGUCUAGCAGGUAUUUUUUCAGGAGUUUGAACGUCCAGAUGGGCACUCAAUCAAGCAUCGUGCAUUUGAAACAAUCGGCCCAAGACUACAUCAAUUUGUUUUCCUCGCCCAACAGCUCUGUUCUGCAACUUUCUACGGUCGACAGUUCCGGGAUCAGCCAGCUGCUAGUGAAUUUGCUGGUAUUAGAGGAGUAUGAUUUGUCUGAUCGGCUGUCCAAAGCGGUGUUUCAAAGUGAUUUUUAUCAGCUGGACAACGACUCGCUUUUAUUAUUGAUAAAGAUCAUUGAAAAAUACGAAAGACCGUUGCAGCAGAAACUGGAAUUGUUCAAGCAUAUUCUGUCCAAACUGUCAGAACAGUCAGGGGCUGAUAUUGACGCGGAAUUGAACGUCCAGCAGGAACUUUUGAACACAACUACAAGAUUAAUAGAGGAGGAAGAAGCCUUAGGCCUAGAACUAACAAACUUUCUGCUAGCUCUCCCUAGAACGUCAUUGAUAUCCAGUGUUUUGUUGCACGCACUAACCAUUCAAAACCAUUAUAGACACGCAUUCAUUUUGAUUGAUAACUGCAUUCAUGAGAAUGUGCCCUUGAACCGAUUUACAUUGGACAACUAUUGUUAUCAUGUAGCCCGUCAGGGGCUUUUGGAUCCCCUCGUUUACAUGAUAAGAUUAAUUGAAGGCACAUCAUAUCUACGGAUUAACUCCCAGCUAAUAAGGCUGCUUUUGACCCAGGCUCUAGAGCACGGUAGAAUCGAUUUGGUGGAGAAGUGGUGGCUAAAAUAUAUAGUCCGAUCUCGAAGGUCUGUCUUCCUGGGCGAAAAUGUGCUCAAGAACAUUGUCUAUCUGGCAUCUGAAUACGGAGCCAACAAGCUUAUCAUACGGGUGAAAAGGUUUCUCCAUUUACAAAAUCCUGUCCUUCUAGCCUCGUACGAUUGGAGAAGGUUAUUAGGUAUAUCCCUCUUCGAGGCAGAUAUGCUACGUUGUGGCACGACUAGUGCCAAUUAUCUCUUCUACAAGCUUGAACUCAACAAUAUGAACAUCCGUGCAGUUGAACUUCCCAAUCUGCAAACACAGUUAGCAAGCACAGAUAUCCUGGAUGAUUCCACAAAGAUUGCCAACCUAAUCUACAAUUCCAAGAGAGAAGAAAUAUGUCGACCGUUACUACUGAGUCUCGUCAUCGCACUAAUAAACCAGCAUAAAGGCGGUGCCGCGUUGGACUUGCUUGACCAGUGGUACGCACACUCCAAAGACGUUGAGAAAGACGAGGAAGUCUGUUUCUAUCAUCUCAGAGCACUCUUAUCAGUUGGAGAUAAGGAUAGAGUUAUGGAGUGUCUCGAAACACAGUUCAAUAAUGUUACACUAAGUCCUAGACUUUACUACUUGAUCUCUGCCGAAUUGGAAGGCUCUCCAGUUGAGUUUCAUUUGCAGAGGUUGAAGGAUCGAGCAGCCAAGGAUUCCACUUGGGUACAGACGGCUUCCAUAGGGUGA